GCGGUGAGAGCGCGUGCGCGAGCGCCGCUUUCCGUGGCGGAGCCCGCCAGUCCCGCUACACGCGUUUGCAGUCUGUGGGCCCUCCGGGAGGCGGCGGCGGUCACCGCGGGGAGGAGGGGCGGGGGCGGCAUGGCAGCCUCCUUACGGCUCUUUGGAGCCGCCUCCGGUCUCCGGUACUGGAGUUGGCGGCUGCGGCCGGCAGCCGGCAGCCUUGCAGCGGGCUGAAGUACAGUGGUGCAGUCAUGGCUCAUUGCAGCCUCAACCUCUUGGGCUCAAGCAAUCCUCCUGCCUCAGCCUCCCAGGUAGCUGGGACCACAGUGUGUUCUAGGUCAGUGGCUUCUAAGACUCCAGUUGGAUUCAUUGGACUGGGCAACAUGGGGAAUCCAAUGGCAAAAAAUCUCAUGAAACAUGGCUAUCCACUUAUUAUUUAUGAUGUGUUUCCUGAUGCCUGCAAAGAGUUUCAAGAUGCAGGUGAACAGGUAGUAUCUUCCCCAGCAGAUGUUGCUGAAAAAGCUGACAGAAUUAUUACAAUGCUGCCCACCAGUAUCAAUGCAGUAGAAGCUUAUUCUGGAGCAAAUGGGAUUCUAAAAAAAGUGAAGAAAGGCUCAUUGUUAAUAGAUUCCAGCACUAUUGAUCCUGCAGUUUCAAAAGAAUUGGCCAAAGAAGUUGAGAAAAUGGGAGCAGUUUUCAUGGAUGCCCCUGUUUCUGGUGGUGUAGGAGCUGCACGAUCUGGGAACCUCACAUUUAUGGUGGGAGGAGUUGAAGACGAAUUUGCUGCUGCCCAAGAGUUGCUGGGGUGCAUGGGCUCCAAUGUGGUGUAUUGUGGAGCUGUUGGUACUGGGCAGGCUGCAAAGAUCUGCAACAACAUGCUGUUAGCUAUUAGUAUGAUUGGAACUGCUGAAGCUAUGAAUCUUGGAAUCAGGUUAGGGCUUGACCCAAAACUGCUGGCCAAAAUCCUAAAUAUGAGCUCAGGACGGUGCUGGUCGAGUGACGCUUACAAUCCUGUGCCUGGAGUGAUGGAUGGCGUUCCCUCAGCUAAUAACUAUCAGGGUGGAUUUGGAACAACACUCAUGGCUAAGGAUCUGGGGUUGGCACAAGAUUCUGCUACCAGCACAAAGAGCCCAAUCCUUCUUGGCAGUCUGGCCCAUCAGAUCUACAGGAUGAUGUGUGCAAAGGGCUACUCAAAGAAAGACUUCUCAUCCGUGUUCCAGUUCCUGAGAGAGGAGGAGACCUUCUGAGUGUGCCCUUCGGCCAUGGACACUGUUGGGAACCAAAUUCUGUCUUGGAGUCUCCUCCUAGUUCACUCCACAAGUAUAUGGAUUUAAUCAAAGGUCACCUAUCUGGUAUUGAUUGUCUAGGUCACAGUAAUCCCUAGGACUUUUCACCCAUUUUUAAACCGCUUAUUCUUUUUGUCUUUUUAACAAACAUAGUAUCUGAAUUUUUUUCCUGCAAGCCACUGAUAGCCUCUGCUAACUAGCUGAAUUGACCUUUUUACAAAGUUUGAUCCCUGAGCAUCCUCAACUAAAUCGUUGAAUACUUCAAUCAGGAUAGUAUUUGCUUUACAAAUAAAACCAAAUCUUUUGUCAACAGGAUGAAACCCACCUUAAAGGAAAGAAAAGGAAUUGGUGUGAACAGAGAAGUUAGAGCAGGGAAAUGCAGUGAAUUACUAUCUGUGUCCAUCAGGAAGUUUGUCCUGUUAACCAAAUGGUUGCGGCAUUACCAGGGUUGCUGGUUGGUUCUCCAGGGAACUGCGAAGCAGGAGAAGUGGUGCUGCAUGUUUUCUUUGUGGACAGUCACAGUGUGGUAGUGUAGCCCUCACCAACUCCCACACUCAGCAGACUUCUUUUUAUAUUUUUUUCUUUCUUGUACAUUCUUACUAUGUAUUUUUUUGACUUAAAAAGAAUGACAUCUUUAGACCUGUUUCAGAGCCAAUGAUGAUAUUUGCUUUAGAUAAUUAAUAUAUUAUUAUAGAGCUAUAUUAUUUUGAAUUUAAAUAAAUUUCUAUGCUGGUAAUA